AUGCUUGAUGCUGACAGAAGGGAUAUGCAAGAGGAGCAACUUUUGAACCGCAUGGCUGACAAGGAGCAACAACCAUUACCUGGAGGAAGCAACUGUGCUGGAAACCUGUCUCAACCUCAGAAGAAACUCCAAGAAGCCAUCUGUGUGCUGCUGGUGGAACUGUGUGAGAGAUUCACGUUCUUUGGCAUUGUCUGCAACAUGAUCCUCUUCUGCACUGUUAAACUUGGCUAUCGCAACUACCAGGCAGCUAUUGUUAAUAUGUGCUUUGUAGGCACCUCUAUGUUGACGCCAGUCCUGGUUGGGUGGCUUGCCGAAUGCCUUGUCGGGAGGAUCAAAGUUGUGUGCAUCUGCAUGUUUCUACAUUUCCUAGGCACAGCACUAUUACCUGUUGUGGCAUUCCCCUUUGAAGAUGUUUACAUUGACAGACGACAUAUUCUUCAUACACUGACCAAAAGGGAGCAAAACAUAGUAUUCUACUUUGCACUACUCACCGCUAGUCUGGGAAUAGGAGGCAUAAGGGCUAUAGUUUGUCCAUUAAGUGCAUACAGCCUUGAGGACUGUGGACCAAAGGAACUUCUUUCCUUUUUCAACUGGUUUUAUUGGCUGGUUAACUUAAAUUCAGCAGUUGUCUUUGUCACCAUUUCUUAUAUCCAGCAGUCUGUGGCCAGAAACCUUGGUUUUCUUAUCCCAUUUGUGUCCAUGCUUAUGGCUAUAAUCACAAUUCACAUGGUGCGGGGUGAAAUGAUUUACAAACCCAAAACAGACAGUUCACUGCUGACGACUUUUGGGGUAAUUGUUAGUGCACUGAAAUUGUCCUACGUGCGAUACCGCUACUUUAGUGGAGGUGUGACAAACUGGCUAGAUCAUGCCAAGGAAAACUAUGGUGGUCAGUACAGUGAGACUCAGGUGGAAGGCACGAAGUCACUCACCAGGCUCUUCCCACUCUUUACUUUCCAAAUUCUAUACAGAAUGUGUAUAAUGCAGAUUCCCUCAGGAUAUUAUCUCCAAACCAUGAAUUCCAACUUGCACUUCAGUGGAUUUGUCUUGCCAGUUGCAGCAAUGAAUGUGAUAAGCAUUGUGCCACUGCUGAUUCUUGUUCCUAUUUUGGAAUGCAUUAACUCAAAUCUCUUUAGUUCCAAGGACACUGGGCAUUCUCCAACAAUUUACAUUGUUGUAGGUCAGUUUUCUGCUGCACUUUCCGUGAUGGUUGCUGGCUUCUCUGAAAUACACCGAAAGCAUUUCCCUCAGGUGGAGCAAACACUUUCUGAGGAGGUUCUUCUGGUCUCCUCCAUGCCUUGCUUCCACUUGGCGCCUCAGUACAUCCUCCUUGGAGUUGCUGAAGCCUUGGUAACUCCCUCCUGUUCCUUACUUUCAUUCUGGCUUGUGCCAGAAAGAAUGAGAGGGAUUUCCAUGCAUUUUUUAACUCUCUUUAAUGGAGCUGGCUGCUUUAUGGGUGCUUUCUUUGUUCAGACAGCCCAUGCAGGCUCUCAAGGCAACUGGUUUCCACAUUUGCUGCAUGAAGGUAAAUUGGAGAGAUUCUUCUUCUUCUUGGCUUCCCUAAUGAUGGUGAACACCCUGGGUUUCUGGACCAUUGCACACAGAUACAACAAUCUGAAUCAGAAAUACACCAGUGAAUUCAGAGCAAGUCUUCCUGAAGAAAAGCUUUUGAAGGGUGAAAAAGGCAUCAAGCAUUAUGGUAGUGUCCUGGAAAGAUCUCCCAUUUUGUCUCCUAUGGAGAAAACCUGA